AUGUGCAACAAGUUUGUAAUAGAUUUUAAUAAACUUGAAGAUAGAUCAAUAUAUACUAAAUUAGCUUAUGAUGAAACUUGGAAAGAGUCUGAAGAAAGUAUUACAGAUGUAACUAAAGAAAUUCUUGGUGUUUUAAAAGACAUUUGGAACAACUCUGCUUUCAGUUCUGAAUUUGCAAAAACAUUAAAUAAGGGGACAUAUCAAUUAAUUAUUAUAUUACCAACAAUUUGGACUUUGUUAAAAAAUCUUCCUAUUGGUGAUUCCUUUUUCAUUAGUACAUCAAAAAAACAAAAUGUUGCCAGUGCUAAUAGAAAAGGAAAUGGAUUUAUGGGAUAA